UCAGUCCCCAGUGUAUGGUUAGGUCGCCUCUGCCCACUUUAGGAAAUGACUCAUGCUAGACUAAAGCGUUGUGAGCCGGAAAAGCUCAGUAAAGGAAGAGAGAGAGAGAGAGAGAGAGCAGGCUAACCCUGCUGUAGAGGAGAAGAGAGGCUGGAGGAGGGCAGAAACAUCCAACAGACGAGUAAUUCAAUCUCAGACAAGCAUGCUGAAACAAGAUCAAGCUAUGAACGCUGCUUACGGAGGUCCGCUUGGAGCCACAAACUCGACCCUGCGUAUUCUCAGUAACAGCCAUAGAGCGAGCGAGAAGGACGGGAAUUUCAACUUCUUGGGCCAAGAAGAAAACGGACCGACCGGGGACGAGAACCAAAACCAAAUUCGUCCCAGAGCUUUGGGGCUGUCGAACCGCUAUCCAGCCCCUUCCUGUAACCACUAUGUACCUGGACCCCUCUCUCCUCUCUCCCGCCUUCCCUCCUGGAGCCCACUCGAACCUCUCCCUGAGAAUGACAGCGGAGAAGAUAGUGGAGGCAGGGUGCCUCCUGAUGGAGCUGAAGAAGGCAAAAUAGACGAGGAGAUGAGGAGAAUGAGUGAAGAUGAGAAGGAGCAUGAGCCAGAAGACCAUAUGAAAGCAAAAGCACAGGAACAGAUUAAGGAAGAAGAAGAAGAAGAACUGUUGGACUGGGAUGAGAGUGAUGAAGACUUUGACUUCAGUUACAGGUCAGAAAGCUCUUCGCCUCUCACCACUGAGAGCGGAGAUGUGACCGGUGAAGACUCGCUCAACUUUGUAUGGGACCGCAUCUGCGUGGGAGGUUCACACUCAGAAAAGGGUGAUGCAGCCACCAACCUGGAGGGAAAACAAAAUGACGGAGAGAAUAAGAGGCACCGUAAGAGCACUGGAGGUUCCAGCUUAGCUGGAGAAGCAUCCUCAGAUUCAGAGAGUAAUCCUUGCUCCGAGCUGCCCGAACUCAUAGAGGCGGUGUGGACCCUGGAAGACCGGGAGAGGUUCAAAGCCCAAGAGAUGGAAAAGCACCACGUGCAGUUGACCAUGUACCGAAGGCUCGCCUUGAUCCGCUGGGUGCGCGCCCUGCAGGAACGUGUCCAAGAGCAGCAGAACCGACUCCAGUCCAGCUUCGAUAUUAUCCUCACUCACAGGAAGGAGCUGCUCCGCAUGGGCGCUGCUGCUGCUGUUAGCCAGUAACAACAAAUGAGAGAUGAAACAAGAAGAAAGUCCUGGAGGAUUCCAAACAGAAACAAAUGACAGAGAAAACUCUUAUAAACCAAAUAUCCUGCAACUAUCAGUUCAUCGUUGUUCAUGUCUGCGAUUCAGAUUCUGUUUUCAUACGUUGUUCUUACAUCAGUGCUUUGCAUGACUCGCCAAAAUGUUUCUUAACUUGAGAACCUAUAGAAGGUCAAAGCAUUACAUCAUAAAAAAUGUAUUAUAAAAUAUUUAAAGGAAAUAAUAUAUACUGUAAGGAGAAGUUUAUAUAGAAAUCGAGUUUAUCAGGUUUGCUUUUUGUGUGUGAAUGAAUGAAUAAACAUUUAACAGUUCUAUAUUUGCUACUGUAGGUGUCCAUUCAU